AUGGGACACCCACUGCGAACGUUUAUCACUAUUUUCUACGUUACCGAAUGCUCUCCAGAUAAAAAUCGAGAUAAAGUUAUUCGAUCCUUCACAAAAGAGAAAAACUUAACAAUCGAAGCAAAAAUCUCAUUUCGACAAGCGAUGGGAGAUGAAACUCUCCGAGAAGCCAUAGGCAUUCUUCUUUUUCUCACUCUCUUCUUCCUUCUGGAUUCUACUAGUACUCAGGCCGUUUAUACAGUCUCACUUCAUAAAGGUGCUGGUUUUACUGUGCAAGAAACAAUGAACAUAAGUUUGAUUCUGACAAUUGUAUUUUUCCCUACCAAAUUCAUUGGCACAUAUAUUAUAGAUGCUUUGGGAAGAAGACCUGUCAUGUUUCUUGCCGGUGUCAUUUGCUUUGGAAAGUCAAUACUAAUGGUGAUAACACAGGUCGUGAUUUAUUUUGUGGGGCAGAGCUUACUCACCAAGAUAAUGUAUGUGGCCGUUGAAUGUCUCACAGGCUCCAUACCGGCUACCGGAGUUACAUCAUUACAUGUACUUUUCAUUUCGGAACUGUUUCCGCCAUCUGCAAGAACUUCCGUUGCUCAAGUCAUGAUUAUCAUAGCAAUGAUAAUUGAUACACCGUUGCUAGCCAUGUUUCCUUUUGUAUACUCCUAUUUUCCUCCAGGGUUUUUUGUUCCAUUCGCAAUUUCUCAAGUGAUAUGCGGAAUUUAUUUGUACAGACAUAUGCCUGAAACUAGUGGUCGUGCAGUUUGUGACAUUAUUGAAUCGAUGGAAAAAACAGUGACGUCGAGGGCCCACUCACUGUUAUUGGAUGAGAAAACACCACUUAUCAGAGAUAGAGCACAAACGUUGACAACAAAAAGAAACAGCAUACUCAACUCUUCUCGUACACGGGCUUCAACAUUCGACCAAAGACUGCUCCCACACAACAUUCACAUAUAUUAG